CUUGUAAACUUGUCGUGAAUUUUCCUGUAGUAGCUGCCAGGAAUCCUUGAAAAGAGAGAGAAGAAAUCCUUUUCUCUUCCCCUCUUUUCUCUUUGUGCUCGGGAGUACCUUUAAACGUGUGCGUACAUGACAUACACAAAUAUAUACACAUGUAUAUACAUAUAUAUAAAGGCCAUGUACCCUGUGUGUGUAUGAGAAGGAGGUAAACGACAACAAAGACAACGGAGAAACGUAACAAGAGUUAGAUAAAAAAUUGUUAACAACUGUUUGGAUUUAUUCACUGAGUCGUAAAAAGUUUAUGGGAUUGUAGAGAAAUUUUUAAAAACUCCUGAUUUUUUAGCACAAAUAAAAGUUUAAAAUGUCGGUACUGAAUUUGAGUGGCGAUGAUGCUGUUGAGUGCCCAUUGUGCAUGGAGCCAUUGGAAGUUGAUGAUUUAAAUUUUUUUCCGUGCACGUGUGGCUAUCAAAUUUGUCGGUUCUGUUGGCAUAGAAUUCGUACUGAUGAAAAUGGAUUGUGUCCAGCUUGUAGGAAGGCCUAUUCGGAAAACCCCGCUGACUUUAAGCCUCUUACAAAAGAAGAAAUUUCGAGGUUAAAGGCUGAAAAACGUUUAAAAGAUCAACAACGAAAGCAACGAGUUACCGAAAAUCGUAAACAUCUAGCCAAUGUUAGAGUAGUUCAAAAAAAUUUGGUCUUUGUUGUUGGCUUGCCGAUGCGACUUGCUGAGGCCGAUGUACUGAAAAGGCACGAAUACUUUGGUAAAUUUGGUAAAAUUCACAAGGUCGUUAUAAAUCAAAGUACUUCGUAUGCGGGUUCCCAAGGGCCUAGUGCAUCUGCUUACGUCACUUAUCAGCGUCAAGAGGACGCGUUACGUGCCAUCGAAGCCGUCAAUAAUAUCGUCGUGGACGGCAGAACAAUCAAGACAUCUCUCGGUACGACUAAGUAUUGUUCCCAUUUUAUGCGUAACCAGGCCUGUCCCAAGUCUGACUGUAUGUAUUUACACGACUUGGGUGAUCAGGAAGCAUCAUUUACUAAGGAAGAAAUGCACCAGGGUAAACAUCAAGACUAUGAACGUAAAUUAGUCCAAGCUCUCCAUGCUCAAACAUCCACGCCAUUAAAUCGGAAACCAAUUUCACCACCGGUUGGGAAUUCAAUUCGCGAGAAUGGCAGCACGUCUAUCCCAACUCAAAUAAAAGAAGCCUGGCCGUCGUUACAGCCUGGACAGCCACCGCAAACUCUAACUCUGACUAAGGAUUCAUCAGCACAAGUAAUAGACCAUCAGCAACAGCAGCUUCAGUCACAAUCAAAUGACACGAGUAUUAAUACAAAUAGUAAAUCAUUACCGUCACACAGUAAUGGUACGUCGCAGCAACAAAAUAAUAAUAACAAUAAUAAUAAUAAAGGUGAAUCGGGUAGUAUAACGACGGAAAAAGGUUCUAGUUCACGUCGUGGUAAGAGUAAUAGUGAAAGUAAAGCGCAGGCUGCUAGAAAUAAACACAAAAAUAAUCAGAAUAAAGAAAAACACGGUGCUGUCACUGGUACACGUACGACAUCACGAUCUGAAUCGAAUAAUUCGUCAAAUAGUAAUUCAAAUGGCGCUAACACAACUCAGUCACACACUCACACGAUCGAUAAUUCCCAUAUAAAUGGACAGAAAUUAGUUAAAAAUUACAGCAACGAUAUGAUAAAUGGACAGGAACAGCAAACGUCCAGGUGUAAAAAAAAUAAUACCGAGCAACAGAAUAUUUACAAGGACAAUGAUAAUGAUAACGACAAUGACAAUGAAAUUGAUAAUGAUAUUGGCAAUGAAAUAGAUAAUGAAAUUGAAAUAGAAAACGAUCAACGACAGAUAAACGUCAAUAGUUCAACAACGAAAGAAUUAGAGGAAUCAUUGUGCGAAAUAAAACUAAACGGUAUUGACAAUGGAAUUGGUGGUAACAGUUGUGGUAAUUCUGAAAGUGACAGUGAGUUACUGAGAGAAGGCAGCACACCAGCAAGUACUGCUUCGAGUACCAGUACGUCUGAUGACUUGGGAUUGAUAAAUAUCAGUACUGAUAGACUUAUCGUUGACGCAAAUGUUUCUGAUGAUAAUGAUGAGUCUGAUUUAAUAAGCGAUCCAUCGCCAAUUAUCGGUACGAAUUUAAAUUUAAGCACUACCAGUCAAGUUGCACCACCCGGUCUUUAUAAUAGUAAUAAUAAUAAUAAUCAUAUUAAUAAUAACAAUAAUAUUAGCAAUAAUAUUAUUAAUAGUAGUAGUAGUACGACAAUGAACGGUACACAAGCACAAGUCAAUCAUAGAUCAAUUUUCCAGACAGACAACAAUAGUUUCUUCAGUUCAAAUACAUUUCAAAAAUUACCACCCAGUGUUAUGUCACUGACAUCAAACUCACAAACGACACCCUCGAAUACCAUUGACUGGACAACGACAUCAACAACGGCCACGUGCUUGGCACCUAUUCCAGAUUCAUUGCCGUCAGUUCACUCGAGCGAAGACUGGCAAGCGGCAUUUGGGUUCCCUGUUGAUAAAUGUCGAACCAAUAAUUUAAAUAACCAUCAGCAUCAACAUCAACAUCACCGUCAUCGUACAUUGAGUCCUGCAUCUUCUUCGUCGUCACCAAGUGUCGUGCCGUUCAAUACCGAGAGUUUGCUGGGUGACGAGGACUAUCUUGACACCCAGUACUCAACGACACAGUCCUCUAAAUUGCAUAGUAAUUACGUCAGAGAUCACAGUAGUGCACUUAUAAAUCCAACACCAGCCUCUAAAUUUAUGGCGGACUUUCAGCAAAACUCGUGUCAGCAGAGACUGCUGAUGCAGGCACAGCAGAAUCAAGAAAAUUGUCAGUAUAUUAAGCAAAAUGGUCAUGCUUUGGACACUACGAUAUUGAUAAAAAAGGACAUGGUUGAUAUGAAACCGGAGGAUGAUCUAGGAUUUGAUCCAUUUAAUGAAAUCCAGAAGGGCCUCGCAGAACUGAUGGAAAAUGAAGCUCAGGUUCAGCAGCAAAGACAAUUUCAACAGCAGCAGCAACAUCAGCACCAGCAUUUACACCAGAGGAGAGACGAACUCACAAGAGGAUUACAGCACCAAGGCUUUCCUGCUCCGAGUUUAGCUCCCCCUCACUUUUCUCAGGUUGCACACUUGGCCCACUUACAACAGCAGGCACAUCAUCUGCAAAAUAUUCAAGUACUGCAACAAUCGCACACAAUAUUAUCACGUCUUCCACAGAUGCUUCAACAACAGCCGACAAAUAAUGUUCAGACAACAGCACAACCGACAAUGGCUGUCGGUGGUAGUAAUAAUAGUCUAGGUGGUCAACGCAGUCGUUUACCACCACCAGGAUUUCCCAGCUCAACUCCUAACCAUAUGAAUUCAUUUGGUCUGGGAAUACCACGAGUUGCACCCACUACCAAUUCACUGGGUACUCAACCACCGCAACAGACAUCUUAUCUUCCCAAUGGUGUAAAUAAAUGUGUGAGUGAUGCAGUAUAUGGUCUGAAAGAUUGGUGUGAUAUAACCCAGCAACAAUCAGCACAUACACAGACCCACCAGCCGUUUCACCAUCACCAGCAACAGCAGCAGCAGCAACAACUUCACCAGAAAAGUAGCUGGAAUAAUUUAGGACCAAUAACAGACUGGACAACAAUUGAUCCUGCUAUUGUAAGCUCGUCGAGACCUUUACAAUUUCAAGCGGCAAGCACGUGGCAAUUUUCGCGAUUCCAUCCUACUAUUCACAACGGGCCGCACAAUACGCAACAGGAAACAGAUCCACCAGUACAACACUGGGCAAUGCAACCGCCACCAGGAUUCGGUGGUCCAGCAUCAAGUGGACAAUUAAAUGGACCGGCACAAUCAAGCACAGCUGCACAACCGCACAGUAAACUUAUUUCUGCAGGGUCAGAAAUAGAAAAUUGAUAAAUUUAUUUGCCAACAACGAGACUGUUGUGUGUGAUACGUCAUUAAUAUUAAAUAUUGGAAUGAGCCUUAACUUUGAAUUUUUUAAUAAUAAAUUCAAAUGGGACUGCGAUGUUAA